AUGACAAGCACAGUCGAAGAUCUCACAGCAGAGAACCUAACUCAGCAUGUCAUCAGGACGUGUACGGCGAACGUGUCAGACGAGAGGACCGCAGAGUUGAUAUCAGGGCUCAUUCAGCAUUUACACGACUACGUCCGAGAAGUCCAACUAAAACCCGGUGAAUGGGAGGCAGGAUGGCAAUAUCUGACCGAGACAGGACAAUUCUGCACACCGGACAGGCAGGAGAUGGUCCUACUCUCCGACGUCCUGGGUGUCUCAGCGCUAGUCGACACGAUCAACUCCGCACAAGCGCAGUCGAAAAGUAUUGCUACGGAAUCUUCCGUGCUGGGGCCCUUCCACAACGACGCGGCCAUUCUUGACAACGGCGCCUCGAUCGGCUCCGAGGGCGUCGUAGGCGAGCCAAUGCUGAUCCAUGGCACUGUGAGAUCGACGGACGGAGAGCCGAUUGACGGAGCGACGGUCGACGUUUGGGAGACCAACGGCAACGGCUUCUACGACAUGCAAGACCCGAACCGGGACGGGCCUGACUGCCGUGGCAUCUUCCGCACCGACGCCCAAGGACGGUAUUACCUUCUCGGAGUCAAGAGCGUAGACUACAACAUCCCCAAUGAAGGACCCGUGGGGAAGUUGUUGAAGGUAUUGGAUCGCAACGUCACUCGCCCAGCGCAUGUGCACUUCCAGCUGAGGCAUCCCGCCUACCUCGAUCUGACCACGGCCUUGUACUCGGCGGAGAGCGAGCACAUCACGACGGAUCCAGUGUUUGGAGUCAAGACGUCCCUCGUGAAGCAAUUCAAGAAACUUGAUCGUCUUCCGGACAGGGCCAGGGCUUACGAUCUUCGCUCGUCUCUGACGGACCCAGAAACUGUGGCUAUGAACGGUCUAUGGUCAUUGGAACACGACUUUGUCCUUUUGCGGAAAUGA